AAUGAAAAUGCAUGAUUGCAGUCCACGUGCCUCGGUUUCCGUUAGCAACCAGAGGCUUCUAAACAACCUACCCUCCCUCCCCGUCUUCUGUGGUCCAGCUAUCCUCGGCUAUCCCAGACUUGGCGGGCCACCGCCUGGCCACUCGCGUUCCUUUAGGCUGCCGCCUGCCGCCUGCCGCCUGCCGCCAUGGCAGAGUUGGGCCUAAAUGAGCACCAUCAAAAUGAAGUUAUUAAUUAUAUGCGUUUUGCUCGUUCAAAGAGAGGCUUGAGACUCAAAACUGUAGAUUCCUGCUUCCAAGACCUCAAGGAGAGCAGGCUGGUGGAGGAGACCUUCACCAUAGAUGAAGUCUCUGAAGUUCUCAAUGGAUUGCAAGCUGUGGUUCAUAGCGAGGUGGAAUCUGAGCUCAUCAACACUGCCUAUACCAAUGUGUUACUUCUGCGACAGCUGUUUGCACAAGCUGAGAAGUGGUAUCUUAAGCUACAGACAGACAUCUCUGAACUUGAAAACCGAGAAUUAUUAGAACAAGUUGCAGAAUUUGAAAAAGCAGAGAUUACGUCUUCAAACAAAAAGCCCAUCUUAGAUAUCACAAAGCCAAAACUUGCUCCACUUAAUGAAGGUGGAACAGCAGAACUCCUAAACAAGGAAAUUUUAAGACUUCAAGAAGAGAAUGAGAAAUUGAAGUCAAGGUUGAAGACCAUUGAAAUACAGGCUACAAGUGCACUGGAUGAAAAGUCAAAACUAGAAAAAGCACUGCAAGAUUUACAGCUUGAUCAAGGAAAUCAAAAGGAUUUUAUAAAGGCCCAAGACUUGAGUAACUUGGAAAACACUGUCGCUGCUUUAAAGAGUGAGUUUCAGAAGACACUUAAUGACAAGACAGAAAACCAGAAGUCACUGGAGGAGAAUCUGGCAACAGCCAAGCACGACCUACUCAGGGUUCAAGAGCAGCUGCACAUGGCUGAAAAGGAAUUGGAAAAGAAAUUUCAGCAAACAGCAGCUUAUCGAAACAUGAAAGAGAUUCUUACCAAGAAGAAUGACCAAAUCAAAGAUCUGAGGAAAAGACUGGCACAAUAUGAACCUGAAGAUUAAAACUGAAGAUUUCAUCUGGAAGCUGCCACACACAAACAUACAAGCAGUCUCACCUCAGGCAUGUAUUUUGAAGCAUUUUGUCAUAUCCCCUCUCCUUAUUUUUCUAAUAUUUAGACUUCUAAUAUUUAGAACUAGAGCUCCUAUUUUCAGCUAAUUGAAAACAGAGAAAACCUAGUGAUUCUGUCUGGUUAUCCCACAUGCCUCUCUACUGAGUGCUCCAGAGUCUUAGCUCGCAUGCACCGAGAAUUCUUUACAGCAAAGAAGAGAUUUUUAGAGUGGGAAGAAAGAGGCUUAUCCUUCUGCAUUAAGAGUCUACCUUUUUAAUAAAUGUUAAAGAAGCUAACAGUGUUUGUACUUAUGCAUUCCCCAUGGGUAAAAAAAAAUAAUAGCAUUAUUAAAGAUAGUUAUUACCAAAAAAAAGAUAGUUAUUACAAAUAAAUAUCUCUCUUUAUUUUUAAAAAUGAAAUCUUAAUUCAUUUACUGUAUCUGAUGAUAAACUAUGAAUUCAUUGAAAAUGUGAAUUCUAUCUAUUAUGGGUAGCGUUUACCAAUUAUAAGGAAAAUUUACAGCAGUGAACAUGAACAUUCAGUUAACUUCCUCAGUCUCUCCAUCUUAAAGACCAUUUAUCAGAGGAGAUUCAGCGUUUUUUGCAGCAUAACAUUUCGUGAGUCUGUAUUACUAAUGGAUAAGUCAAGUCCAUCCUGCACUUCUACAGUUCAGAAAGUAUCUGGACUCAGAAUAAAUGUAAUAUUUAUACUUGUUUCCAGAAUGCUAUUUUACAUUUUAUGUUAAAAAAGAACACUUUUUAAAAGACAUAGUCAACAUAAAAUCACCUAUCAGACUUCAGAUUGGACUUUAUUUAUGUGGAUCUAUAAUAAUUAAUUGUGUUUUCAAGAGGUUUUACUGUAUUUGUAUUGGCCUGGUUUUCUCAGACGAUUUUGGACAAAUCAUUAGAAACUGGGCAUCAUAUCCACAGUUGUGUAAGGCAGUGACAUACUGUAAGGAGAAACAAAGUCAAGUCCAUAAAGCAAUAAUCCCUCAGAAGGAAAGUCCUUACUUUUCACAGAUUAAUAUUUAGUAAUUUUUCCUGCUUCUGAAAGUAAGAGUAUCACACCCUAAAUGAACACUGUCUACUAAGAGACAUCAUUCCACUUCCACAAAUGAAGAUUUUAUUCCAAGAAACGAGUUUACUGAUUGGAGCAUAGCGCUUGUUAUUAUUUUUAUUUAGGCUUUUAGUAAUACCCUUGAAUUUAUUAUUUUUCUUAUAGGCUUUUUGUUAAAAUAGUGAAGAAACAAAUGUUAAAGGGUAAGAUAAUUUCCCUGCAAAAGGACACAGAAGGCAGUCUUAAGAAGAUGAAUGGAUCAGAGAAGGGAGAGAAGAAAAUGCAAUAACAAGCCAGCAUUUACUAUGUAUUUUCUCCUCACCUCUCUCUCCAUAUUUAGGUCAUUUACCAGUGUCUGUGCCCUUUUGGAGCUUUUGUUGAGGGCUUCAUUCUCACCCUGUAUUUCUUUAGCCCUAAAUUGACACUCUCUCCAAAAAUCCAUUCCGUUGUCUGUGGACCAAGAUGUUCUAUAUAAUUCAGAAGCAGAACUCUUGGCUAAAGGGCUAGUGUGUCCUUCAGAAACCAUUCAGUUACUUUCUCCCUACACCUUUGUCAGUUUGAUACCAGUGAGGAAAAAAGAUAUGUUGAUAAGAAAUCUAUAUUGCUAGGUAAAAUUUGUACUCGUUUUCUUGAUAGCAAUUUUGAAAUAUUCUGUACAGUAUGUUCCUAUCGUUUAAUAAUAAAUUCAAAAAUAUUUUUAAAACCUUAAAACCUAACUAUGCCAAGCAUUAAGAUAAACAAAUAUGAUGUUCUUUGAUGUAAAUCAACAUGAUGAUUCUUUCACAUGCAAACACAUUUUAGUGUUUCCGGUUUGUCAUUUUUGUUGUUGUUAUUGUUGUUAUUUACUCUAUACCCUUAGCAAAAUUACAGUUUUAAAUUUUUAUUGUUUUUAAUAGUUUUCCAACUUUAAGGUUUAUCCCAUUUAACUGAGAAAGAAAGUCUUUUUCAUAUAUAUGGAAUUUCUAAGGAUGUUGGUUUGAGCCUUGAUUAGACUUUUAAUGUGCUAAGCCAGACAGGCAGUCUCUACAUUGGUGGCCAUCACAAUGCAGCUUUGGUUUAAUAUAAUUCAGGCCUGCUGCUGAGUUAUGCACAGACUUUUUGUUGACCAAAAUAAAAUGUAAAGGGUUUUCUUCUGUUUGACAUUUUAGUGUUCAUUUUUUCUCUUUUAUGUAUUACAUUUUUAACCUAUAUUAAAUAAAUGUUUAAAUGAUCAUUUGCUUAUGUCUUAUAAAACUCAGCAUAAGAAAAAUACUGCCCUACCUUGACUGUGUAAUCUUAUUUGCUAAAGCCUUUGCUGUUAAUUAUUUCCAUUCUGAUUAACUGAAAGAGAUUUAUAGAGAUGCUUAAAUUUUAAGCCCUUGGUGCUUUUAGAUAUAUACUGGUUGCAAAAAUUUGGCAUUAAUGAUUUCCCUCUGCUUAUGUGUAAAUGCCUGUGUUCCAAAGCUUUGCCACUAGAUAUUCAAAACGUAAAUGGUCAUGUAAGCCAGUCUUCCAGAAAGCAAAGCUAUUUCAGCAAAAUGAUAUUUCACAUUUAGACAAAACAGUAGUAUUUAGACAAGAAUAUUUUGACCAAACCAUUUUCAAAACUGCUUAGGAAAAAGGGGAAAUAUUAUACUUAAAGGUAAUAACCUCUGUCUUGAAGAGAAUAGAGGUGAGUGGGUUGGUGACAACUGAUUUGGAGGCUUUUGUAGGGGGCUGUGGUGUCUUUUGCAUUGUGUCAUCAGCUCCUCCAUCAAGUAAGCGUGUCGCUGUCAUUGCUUAUUGUAGAACAUGAAUUGAUGAAGAGUAGUCAAUCUCUUACAUUAUAUGAAGUAUAACUUCCUCUCUUUUUUACCUAUAAUACAUCCUUUAACUUUUACAGAUUGAAAAACCACUGUUAGACAAA